CUGAAGGUCGACACUCGGCUUGAGAAGCAGCAGCAGCAGCAGCAGCUGACCAAGGUUGUGUGUGACCUCAAACAACUCGCCUAACCCACCCAACAACUCCCAGUAAGUGAACAACUACCACCAUCACUGAUUACCCAACUACCGCUGAGAUGAUUUGCUGAAGAACACGAGACAACAACACUAUAAUGAUCAGAGUCUGGUGUCUGAUGAAGGGGAGACUAUGGUGGAUGACUUGUCUCACUCUCGUCACUGUUGCAGUCCAGAGCGAGGCCGAGGAUCAAGAAAAGCGCCUGGCAGGAGGGUCACAAGCAGAUGAAACUGAAUUAGGGGUGAGAGAGGGGGGCGAGGCCCCCAGAGAGGCCAGGUCUCCCCCUUCCCUGACGUCCCUGAUGCUGCCUUCCUUAAGGACUGGCCGGGCAUCCUUCUGGGCUAUGCGUGGCAAGCGUCCAACCGAGGAGGGUGCUCAAUCUUGGCUUCCCUUUGACGGCGACGCUGAAGUGGCUGUAGGGACAACCGAUGGCUCCUACUGGGUACCUAAUACCCAGAACGUCCCACAUCAUUACCUGCCCUUCUACUGGGGAUCCGAGCCGAACCCGUGGGGAGAGACGCCCCUCACACGGUGGUCACAGACAAGCCUGAACGAUGACUCUCAAGAACUCUCCUCGUACACCUUUCAACCCCUCCCCUACACCCCACAGAUUUCCCCUGACACACCCCUACUCUCCCCCCACACUGGAGGAAAGAGACAAGAUGGCGGCCCCUUCUGGAUCACUCGAGGCAAGCGAGCGACGGAAAAUAACAGAUAUUGGGGUAACAAUCCUUGGAUAACUGGUAAAAACGUACAAGAGGACGAUAACGAGGUCAUGGCCUCAUACUCGAACACCGAUGACAUGCUCUUUGGAAAGCAAGAGGGUGGAGGACCCUUCUGGAUUAACCGGAACAAGAAGCCAUAUGUGGAUACCCUAGAGGAAGAGGCAUCUCCUCUGAGGAACCAAGUGAGCGAGGCAUCACGGGACAAGAACUUCUGGGUGGCCAGAGGUAAGAAGGAUGACCCAGGAACACCUCCAUUCUGGAUUUCCAGGGGCAAACGAAACGACGAGAACGUCACAUCAUUCUGGAUUGCUAGAGGCAAAAAGAACGAUGAAGUCCCACCUUUCUGGAUAGCCAGAGGCAAGAAAGUAGUAGUUCAUCCAUUUUGGGUAGCCAGAGGCAAGAAAGAGGUUAAUCCAUUCUGGGUAACAAGAGGCAAGGAAGAAGCAGCAGCUCGUCCAUUUUGGAUAGCAAGAGGCAAGAAAGAAGUCCAGCCAUUCUGGGUAGCAAGAGGCAAGAAAGAGGAAGAAUCUCACCCGUUUUGGGUAGCCAGAGGCAAAAAAGGAGAAACUAAUCCAUUUUGGGUCUCAAGAGGGAAGAAAGAUGGCGAGACUCAUCCAUUUUUCUUAUCAAAUGGGAAGAAACAGGACAAAGCACAUCCAUUCUGGGUAGCAAGAGGUAAAAAACUAGUCAAUUACCCUUACUGGGUGGCGAGAGGGAAGAAAUCAGUCUCUUCCCCGUACUGGGAGUCCCAAGGAGGUAGAGAGGACCCCUGGGAGUCCUCUGAGGAGACCCCUGUGAGUUACCUGCUACAUACACUGCUACAACAGAACGACACUCUGUUGGAGGAGCCCCGAAGUAAGAGGGCCGCCAGGCAGGAAGGUGACUCCCUCACAGAGGAAUCCACAGCUCUCAGCAGCUAGAUAUGUGCAACAAUAUGUAUUAUUUAGGGGAUCAGACACAUACGUAAACAAUCCUCCAGCCACUGCUUCCUCUUAGUUCAUGUGUCUGUGAGGGAUCGAGAUCCUCUUACGAUGCCAGACCCAUGAAUUCUGUCAAUACAUCAUGAGAAUCCCUAUUGUCUUGGGGAUCUCUAUGAAUCUGUCACCACACCACGGAAAUCCCUAGGGACCUGUUGCAUUGCUGAGGACAUCCCUAGGUACCUACCGCUAUAUCGCGGAAAUAUCCAAGAACCUGUGGCUAUCCUGAGAUAAUGGAAGGUCCUGGUUGCAUGUGGAAGGACGACCUGGUAGCUAGGUAUCCCUCCAGUAAGAUGUAUGGGACACAGAUGUUGGAUCUCAGAUUUAAAAUUCCGAGCAUCGAUAAAAA